AUGCUGCUGUCGGUCUUCAGGAUGCGGUUCGUCUCGGCCACUCCAAGGGACAAGACCACCCCGCCCUCGCACGCCGACGUGCUGCUCGGGGGCUCCUUCUACACCGUGACUUCGAAGUUCACCAUCAUCCCCUCGGGCCGCUUCUCGGCGCAGGAGUGCCAGCUCAUGCGCGACAUCGCCAAGAACCGCAACGCUAGCACGCGCAAGGUCUGGACAUCUACCAUGAAGUACAAACUCAAAGGCGCCGGGACCUUCGAGACCAGCAGUCCAGGCCGAGGUAGCUCUCUUCAGCCUGGCUGUUCGGAGCCACCGACGCAUGCGCAUUCAGGCAACUACGGCGGCCGUCAUCUUCCUGCAGUUGACGCUCCCCGCGAACCCGCCCACAACGCCAAGCUGCGCUCAGAGCUCGAGAAGGUGGCGUCCAAGAUCGCUGAAUACGAACUGCACCGACGGGAAGACCAACGCGCCCUCGAAGGUCUAUUCCAGAAGGCCCAAGACCAGAACGGCGCGGUCAAGCAGGGCAUCGCCGAGGUCGUCGCCGCAGCCGAGCUCCAGUUAUCCCACGUGGCGGGCCAGCUGGCGCCUGCUAGCGCCAUUCCCGUGGACAUGCUGGCCGACGCCUUCGACGCCCAGCGCGUGGUCUCCACCAGCGACUACGUCGACCAGAUGCCGAUCAACCGCCAGCACCACCACGACGACCUGCUGCACCUCGCGCCCGCCGUUUCCGCGGACGCCGAUGCCGCGCAGCUCCGCGCGCCCGCCUCCACCGACUCAGCGCUGAACAACAUGCAGUGGCCGUGCGUCCACCAGAAGGUGCCCCACCCCGGCCAGCAGCCUCUGCACGCCAUCAUCGCGGCGGCGCAUUGCGUGAACUCCAAGCGUGGCGCCGCGGCCGCCGCGCGCGCGAACUCCGCCAGCCUCAAGCCUGUAAACGACCCUGUCGACCAGAUGCCGACCAGCCUCCCGGACAUAGACGACGACCUGCUGUUCGACGGCCUGCGCUUCUCCAUGCUGGACGGCUCGCUGGACAUGAACAGCGACUGCAUCAUGAAGGACUCGUUCGAGUGCGACUCGAUGGAGGACCUCAUCACCACUGCCAUGUGCUUCGGCGGGUGCGAUGGCGGCGACACCUUCGAUGGCUUCGACGACGGCUCCGCCUCCGACGACGACCUCGACGUCUUCGCCCCAGGCGAUUCCGACAACGGCGACCUCUCCACUUCCCUCGGCCUUAUUUCCGACAAGUACAAC